GGUUGAGUCACUCCGGGUCGAACCGGUCAGGGCGCACUGGCGAGUGACGUAAGAACGGAGAAGACGCGCGUUCUGUGUCGUGCUGCUUACACCUGUAGGUGCGGAGAAACGCGACGGUCUGCUUCUAUCACACAGCUCGCCAUGUCUCAAGGGGGCAAGCGGCAUGUUUCCAGGAGUAGCACGAGUCGCGGUUUUUCGGUGGGCUUUACUUCGAUUUCCUCUGGAGAACUUAGUACUUUGACCACCUGCAACUGUGAAAUUGCCGUGUUGCCACUGGAGCUGCUAAUUCAACUACAGGGGAACUAUUUCGAGAAAACGGAAAAUGAGCUUAAAAUCCAAAACCAUUUUGGAGGAUACAAUGUUUUUUGCGAGAAAAGCGUGGUGCUAGAUGGGAAACAGUACGAGUUGGAAAACAUCAUGGAAAGGUUUAUUGUCAUCAAAAGUCAUAAGGAUUACAAGGACUUCAGGGAAAAUCUGCUAACAAAACCUCUUAUUCUCUUUACAAAAGCCUGGAGGAUGAAGACUGUGUUGCUUAACUGUGAAAACAAUGGGAAAACGUUUGCCAUAAUUGUAAAUACAAGGCAUCCUGUUAUACGUUAUGAGAUUGAAAAUGGAUUGAAUAAUAUCAUAUCGUCAGUCUGGGGAGAGAGUUAUGACCUUCAGUUUGACUUUGUAGAGACAAUCAAAGAGUUUUUUGCAAAGACUGGUUAUGACACCAAUGGCAAAGGUCUGAGUUUUUCCUUCAGAUUCAAAGCAGAUGCCUUCUUUGACCUUUCCUACAUGUUGGGAUUCAGUAGCAAAAAAGUCCCAGUAAGUGGGAAAGUUUUGAAUCUGUUUUCGUCUAUUGAAGAAAAGAAGAACAAAGUAAAAAUGUUCCUGGAGAAAAUUAGUGAACCCUACAUAAAGCGAACUAGUGUUUCUGAUCGCAGAAUGAGUUCUCUGUCCACAGGCUCAGUUGAUGAUGAUGUCUUCAGUGGUUCACCAAGUACUACACAUCCCAGAGCAUCCCUUGUAGGGCCAGGUCCUUUCCCUGCAAUUUAUGAAUAAUGAAUCUUCCAUAUUUUUGGGACUGAUGCUUUUGUCUUUUUUUUUUCCAAAAUUUUUUCAGUCUUAUUUUAUUAUUAUUUCUUUUGAGCAAAUGUAAUAAAUACAGGAAAUUUGAUUGGAUGAUUCUUUUCCUUGUGUUUUCAUGGCACUUUGUUUUGAAUAUAGCUUUUUCCCAGAUCAUCCGUUAUUGUAUAUUCUAGUAGUUAAUAAUUAGUUUCAGUUAUCAUUCAUCAUUUUCUUCAUGCAACAGCUGUGGCUAUGUGGUGUUUAAUAUCAAAUGGUAUACUUGUGGAAUCAAAGUCUGGCUUCAUAAUUUUUCACUUUACUGUAAAUAAAAUUUCACUAAUUUAAAAACAGUUCUUCUAAAUCUUAAGGCAUAAGUGAUUAAAAUAUAUAACUUUUUAUUUCCGGCUUGAACUUGUUCUCUGUACUUCCAGUAGAAGGAAAAUCCAAAAUGCUAUUAUGGAUCAGAGUGAAGAAGUGCUAGAUAGACUUUGUUUCAUUUAUACCAUUGCUUUCGUUGUCGAUGUUUGUUUAUAUAGAUAUAUUCUGCAGUGUAGCAUGUUUUUGUAAAUCAAAAUGUGAACAUUAAAGAGAUUGGAUGGGAUGAAUGGGAUACCACGACUCGCAGUGCAUUUCAUCAAUGUGUUGAACAUCAAGAAGUGGUGUGUAUAAAAAU